AUGGAUAACAAACUCGCAAUAAUCCUAGUCUCCAUCACAAGCUCAUGCUUCAUCUUACUAAUCCUCACUUUCCUCAUCCUCGUAUGUCGUCGCCGUCCUCCAAUCGAAGACCAUCCUCGCCGUGCUCGUAACUUCUCCGAUCAGUCUUCUACUCCGGUUCUUAGCUCCGACACUGUGAACGAUAGUGCGAGUUUCGAUCCUUCCAUCUACGAGAUUUCAAUGGCGGAUCUCUCAGUAGCUACUAAAGGCUUUUCCUCAGAUCUGAUAGUCGGCGACGGAAGUUUCGGUUUCGUUUACCGCGCAAAGCUCUCAAACGGCGUCGUAGUCGCCGUUAAGAAACUCGAUCCCGACGCUUUACAAGGAUUCCGCGAAUUCAGUGCAGAGAUGGAAACCUUAGGUCGUCUUCGUCACCCAAACAUCGUUCGGAUUCUCGGUUACUGUAUCUCAGGUCCAGAUCGGGUUUUGAUCUACGAGUUCUUAGAGAAAGGUAGCCUCGACUACUGGCUACACGAGACCAACACAGCCACCACCGCCGAUUCGUCUCCUCUCUCGUGGUCGACGCGAGUGAACAUCGCUCACGGAGUAGCGAAAGGAUUAUCUUACCUUCACGGACUUCCGAAACCGAUCAUACACAGAGACAUAAAAUCGAGCAACGUGUUGUUAGACUCAGACUUCGUAGCUCACAUAGCUGAUUUCGGGUUGGCUCGUAGAAUGGAGGAGUCGAGGUCUCACGUGUCGACGCAAGUGGCGGGAACGAUGGGGUACAUGCCACCGGAAUAUUGGGGAGGGUACACGGCAGCGACGGUGAAAGCGGAUGUGUAUAGCUUUGGGAUUCUGAUGUUGGAAAUGGCGACGCAGAGAAGGCCGAAUUGGCCGGUGGUUGUGGAGGAGAAAGAGGUUGGGUUAGCUCAAUGGGCAGUGAUGAUGGAAGGGCAAAAUCGGUAUUGCGAAAUGGUACAUGAAGGUGUUGUUGUUGGUGAUGGUGAAGAGAAGAGUGUGGAAGAGUAUAUGAGGAUCGCUUGUCUUUGUAUAAAAGAGUCGACUAGAGAACGCCCUACGAUGAAUCAAGUGGUCGAGUUGUUGGAAGAAUUAUGCCGAGCCAUUUAG